AUGUUCCGUUUACCCACAGUCAUGAAGCAGGUCAGACCAGUGUGCAGGGCGCUGGCACCUCACCUCACAAGAGCCUAUGCAAAGGAUGUCAAGUUUGGGGCAGAUGCCCGAGCACUUAUGCUGCAGGGAGUAGAUCUGCUGGCUGAUACUGUGGCUGUUACUAUGGGUCCAAAGGGUCGCACUGUCAUCAUUGAACAGUCCUGGGGCAGCCCUAAGGUCACAAAGGAUGGUGUAACGGUAGCUAAAGCCAUUGAUCUGAAGGACAAGUACAAAAACAUUGGGGCCAAGCUGGUUCAGGAUGUAGCCAAUAACACCAAUGAAGAGGCAGGAGAUGGCACGACCACUGCAACAGUGUUGGCUCGAGCCAUCGCCAAAGAGGGCUUCGAUACCAUCAGUAAAGGUGCCAACCCUGUGGAAAUCCGUCGCGGGGUGAUGAUGGCCGUGGAGACUGUUAUAAAUGAGCUGAAAAAGCUCUCCAAACCGGUCACAACACCAGAGGAGAUUGCACAGGUGGCUACCAUUUCCGCCAAUGGGGAUGUGGAAAUUGGUAACAUAAUUUCUAAUGCCAUGAAAAAAGUGGGUCGCAAAGGAGUAAUUACUGUCAAGGAUGGAAAAACUCUUCACGAUGAGUUGGAAAUAAUUGAGGGCAUGAAGUUUGACCGUGGUUACAUAUCGCCUUAUUUUAUCAACACUGCCAAAGGUCAGAAAUGUGAGUUUCAAGAUGCCUACUUGUUGCUGAGUGAGAAGAAAAUUUCGAGUGUCCAGAGCAUUGUGCCAGCUUUGGAAAUUGCCAAUCAACACCGCAAACCUUUGGUCAUUGUGGCAGAAGACGUCGAUGGCGAGGCCCUCAGCACACUGGUUCUCAACAGGCUCAAAGUUGGGCUGCAGGUAGUAGCAGUAAAGGCCCCUGGAUUUGGUGACAACAGAAAAAAUCAGCUGAGAGACAUGGCCAUCGCCACUGGAGGCACUGUAUUUGGAGAUGAGGCUAUUGGCUUGGCUCUUGAAGACAUUCAGCCUCAUGACUUUGGCAAAGUUGGUGAGGUACAAAUUACAAAGGAUGACACCCUGCUGCUGAGGGGAGGAGGCAACCCAGCUGAUGUUGAGAAGCGCGCAGCAGAAAUUGUAGAGCAGUUGGAAAGCACCACCAGUGACUAUGAAAAGGAGAAACUCAACGAGAGACUUGCCAAACUGUCUGAUGGUGUGGCUGUGCUAAAGAUUGGAGGAACUAGUGAUGUGGAGGUGAAUGAGAAGAAGGACCGUGUGACAGAUGCGCUGAAUGCCACACGAGCUGCUGUGGAGGAGGGCAUUGUUCCUGGAGGAGGCUGUGCACUGCUACGCUGCAUCCCAUCACUAGAGGGCUUAAAAACUGCCAACUCUGACCAGCAGAUAGGUGUGGACAUUAUUAAGCGAGCACUUCGUAUUCCUGCCAUGACCAUUGCCAAGAACGCAGGAGUAGAGGGCUCUUUAGUUGUAGAGAAAAUCCUGCAGGGACCACAUGAGAUUGGCUACGAUGCGCUACAGGGAGAAUAUGUCAAUAUGGUGGAGAAGGGCAUCAUUGACCCCACUAAGGUUGUAAGAACAGCAUUAUUGGAUGCUGCUGGAGUAGCGUCACUCCUCUCCACAGCUGAGGCCGUCGUUACAGAGAUCCCUAAAGAGGAGAAGGAGAUGCCUGGUGGUAUGGGAGGCAUGGGGGGCAUGGGGGGCAUGGGAGGUGGUAUGGGUUUCUAAGAAGACCUGUGACCGGUUGAAUGGACUAAUGGACAGAGCGGUGACAGUGGUAGGAUACAAUCCUGCAAGAACCUGCUCACCCAUGUUUGCCCAAAUCUGCCAUUAUUGACUGUCUGACUGUGGAAGCUGGAGUUUAUCGAAUCAUGUUUUUUUUUGGUUCAUAAGUAUAGUAAAAAACUGGAAGGAUUAUCUCCAUAGCAUCACAACAUCCCUCCACAAAUCUCUAGUGGCUUGGGCAAGUGACAUUACAACAUAUGAACACUUCAUUGCUCACAGUAAAAUAAAUGGAUAUAUGUUGACAUUACAACGACAUGAUCACUUAUCCUCUAACAUUGUGAAUCUAUUGAUUAUGCUGUUUAUUACUGCAAAGUGAGAUGAAAAGUCAAAUGAGUCUGUUUCCUUAACUUUUGUUUUUCAUGUGUUUAAUUAUUUCCUUUUUAUAUUUGUUAUGGUUUUGUCUGAUACUUAUUGGUACAAAAUCUGUCAUGUAAUUGAUUAAAUCAAUUUUGUUACUAA